AUGCGUCUAGCUCUACGUUUGUUUCGUCCAGCCGCUAAUCAGAAUGUCAACAAUCCUAAACUUUGGCAGGAUCCUGUGUUAGGAUAUUUUGAAACUCAUGGAAAGACAGAAUUCCUUCCUGGACAAGAGUACAAUCUUACGGACGAUGAAAAGAAAGCAGUCCUUUGGCGGUAUCGUGUGAAAGAGAUAUUGAAGAAAGAAUACCUGCGCCGUGAAUAUGAUCCGCAUAACUUCAAAUACAAGGAGGGUGUUGUCAUGGAUCCAGCUAUGUUUCGAUGGUACUCGGCUGACAUGACGCAGGCAGAGUUCUUCCGACUCACUCCUAGAUCAGUUUUCCUAUAUAUGGGAUCUGUAUUUUUGUUUUUCUACAUAUACACUCGUCUUGUCUUUAUUCCUGUGGACAAGUCUAAUGAAGCUUGUCUUGACGGCGAUCUUUUGUGGUGGGAUCGUCAGCAAGGUCGCAUACUCUCAACAUCCGGAUCAGGAAAGUUUGCACCUAUGAUUGGAGUAGAUUUUUAG